AUGAACACUCUUCAAAAAAGCCAAUCUCAAGUAAUGGGAAUCAGACCAAUAUUCCCAGUAAAAUCAUUACUUUCAAUUUCAUCAUCAGAUUUUGAACAUAUUUGGAAAGAAGUAAAAUGGGACACAAAGCGAGUAAAUAGUACACUAGACUUGUUUUCAAGAUUUUGUAGGGAUGAUUUAGAUAUCCUACCAAGUGAUUAUACUUUAUCAUCUAGUAAUCAUUCAAAUAAUGGGAAUGGGACAAGCCAAAAUCAGUUAAUGUCAAACCAUAGACUGAUGGCAUUAUUAAAAUCAAUAGCUAUAGUAGGUAUAGAGAAUGAUGAUUUUAAUAUGGAUUUUUUCUCAAGAAAUGAUCUAUGUGUGAUAAUGACAGGAAUUCCCUACAUUGAUAAAAAGAGCUUUCUAAGAUUAAUGUGUCUUUUAGACAGAUCUACUCCUCAUACAACAACUUCUCCAGCUGGAAUUUCUAGAUUAAAGUUAGUUUUUUCUUAUUAUGACUGGGGUUGGAAAGGAUAUUUAGAUGAGUCUGAUUGGAAGAGAUUAAGAAGUGAUAUACUGAACUUAACUUAUUACGGAAAAUUAUAUGAUGGAAAUAAUAACCAAGAUUUUAAAUCUGGAUUAAAUAGGACAAGUAAAAUAGGAACUCCAAUGCCAGAAACUUUAGAAGAAGGACUUAAACAGCUUAGCCGUGAAGUGUCUAUUAGAUCAUUGAAAAGUGCUAAUAAUGGAUCAAGAAUUUUAAAGAAUGAUAGUUUACGUAUUUCUAUUAAUGCUAGUGAUAGCAGUAAUAUGAAUAAUAAUGCUGGACAUUCAGAAUAUAGCUACUUUGAUAAUAGUAACAAUAGUUAUGUUAGCUCAGUUCCUUACUCAGUUCAGAACAAGGAUUUAAUUAUUGAUUUCCCACUUUUUAUUAAACUGGUUGAGUUUAGGAUUAUUAAAGGAACUUCUCAAAUCUUGCGUGUUGAGCUUCCUGGGAAAGAUCAAGAAGAAUUCGUUGCUAGAAGCAUUAUGUUUAAUGGGGGAAGUAUUUUCUUGGAAAACUAUAAACAUGAAAAUGAACAAUAUUCUCCAGAUAAAUCAAGAAAUGCCUCUAAAUACUAUCAUGUCUCCCCUUCAGCACAAAACCUUAAAUCUAAAGUGAACUCUCCAUCUAAGAUCAAUCCUGAAUCAGGAGAAAUAGAUAAUAUUGAAAAGAAUAAACAAAUAAUCAACGAACAAAUCCAAGAAUUAGACAAUGAACUAAACAACCUAAAGAUUACAGUCAAAAAUUCACAUCAUCCAUCCAAUUCUAUGGGUAUUGAUAUUUCAAAUUUAGCUGAGGACAAAAUAUCAAGUAAUGCUAUAGAAUCAAUUUUCGGACCUCCGCCUGAAGAUUUACACGGAAUAUUCUGCGAUAAACCCAACUAUCAGGAAGAUUUGGCAUUUUCCUCAAUUGUAGUUCCUUCCUCUUCCACUCCAGUAAGGAAGUCCAGAUCAAUCAGAUCUGAUGUACUUCCUAUUACCCCUAGUGCGAACAACGAUCCAAUAUCAGAACAAAGUCACAACUCCAACUCUUUCUCCACUGAAAAAGUUACCUCAAAUAGUUUUCCAAAUAAUAUUACUAAUACAGAAACAGGGGGCCCGCCUAUUUUACUUUGA